AUCAAAAUUAAAAAAUCUAUAUUAAAAAAUUUAAACAGAAAUAAACUUAAAUUGGAUCAAAUAAAUUUAUAUUUUUGUUGUGUUCCUACACAAGCAUUUUGCCUAUUUAUUUUAAAAUUAUUUUGUUUGUGCUUUCUUCUGUCUGAAAAUGAAGAGACAAGAUAAAAGCAAACCCAAUGACUCUGGAAUGAGUGAAAAUAAGCUCCGUAUUGCUAUAGUAUCAACAGAUAAAUGUAAACCAAAAAAAUGCAGGCAAGAAUGUAAACGCACCUGCCCUGUUACAAAAACAGGAAAGCAGUGUAUAGAAGUUGAUCCAACUAGUAAAAUCGCAUUUAUUUCAGAGCACCUUUGUAUCGGUUGCGGUAUUUGCGUUAAAAAGUGUCCAUUUGAGGCUAUUACUAUUAUUAAUCUACCCCGAGAUUUGGGGAAGGAUACUACACAUAGAUUCGGACCAAAUUCUUUUAAACUACAUAGACUUCCAGUGCCAAGACCAGGCCAGGUUUUGGGGCUGGUUGGUACAAAUGGUAUCGGGAAAUCGACAGCACUUAAAGUAUUGUCCGGUAAAUUAAAACCAAAUCUGGGCAAGUUUGAUUCUCCACCAGAGUGGGCAGAGAUUCUACAAUAUUUUCGGGGUUCUGAACUCCAAGGAUAUUUCACAAAGAUGCUGGAAGAUAACUUAACAACAGCAGUUAAACCACAAUACGUCGAUAAUAUACCUAAACAAGUUGGCGGUUUAGUUGGAGACAUACUGGAGGCUAAAGACAAGAAAGGGAUAGGACAGGAUUUGAUAGUAACUCUGGAAUUAUCACACCUACUAUCUAGAAAAGUCUCAGAAUUAUCAGGAGGGGAGCUCCAGAGAUUUGCAAUAUGUGUGGCAAUUCUGUGUGACGCAGAUGUUUUGAUGUUCGACGAACCGAGCAGCUACCUCGAUAUCAAGCAGAGGAUCAUUGCUGCUAGGGUGAUUCGUCAGUCUAUACAUCAUGAAAGAUAUAUAAUUGUAGUAGAACAUGAUCUAUCGGUUCUAGACUACCUAUCAGAUUACGUCUGUUGCCUUUGGGGGAAACCUUCAGUCUAUGGAGUUGUAACAUCACCUUUUAGCGUCAGGGAAGGGAUUAAUAUAUUUUUGGAUGGAUUCGUUCCAACUGAAAAUUUGAGGUUUAGAGAAGAAUCCUUGUCGUUUAAAGUUGCAACGGAUGUUGAUUUGGAAGAAAUUGAGAGUUUACACUGUUAUAAAUAUCCUCAACUGGAUAAGAAACUGGGAUCAUUUUCACUUACAGUUAUGCCGGGUGACUUCAACGAUUCUGAAAUUAUUGUUCUACUUGGUGAAAACGGCACAGGAAAAACAACCUUCAUCAAAAUGCUCGCCGGUAAAUUGCAACCAGACAACGCUGAAUGUGAGGAUCUGAUGCCAAAAUUGUCAGUAAGUUACAAACCUCAGAAACUCUCAGUCAAAUUUGAUGGAACUCUAAGGCAGCUGUUCCAUUCAAAAAUCAGAGAGUCUUUCCUCUGUCCGAUUUUUCAAGCUGAUGUUGUCAAACCAAUGCAAAUUGACAAUAUCCUGGAUCAGCAAUUGAAGAAUUUAUCCGGUGGAGAGUUGCAGAGAGCUGCAAUAAUUUUGGUAUUGGGGGCUCCUGCAGAUAUUUACCUUAUUGAUGAACCAUCAGCCUAUCUUGACUCUGAACAGCGCAUAGUUGCAAGCAGGGUUAUAAAAAGGUUCACUCUAUACAAGAAGAAAACCACAUUCAUCGUUGAACAUGACUUUAUUAUGGCUACUUACCUGGCGAACAGAGUCAUUGUUUUUGAAGGGCAACCAGGAAUCAAUGCGACUGCGCUAAGCCCAGAACCUCUGGCCACAGGAUUUAACAGAUUCCUGAAAUCACUUGAUGUUACAUUUAGAAGGGAUCCUACAAACUAUAGACCAAGAAUAAACAAAUACGACUCAGUUAAGGACAAAGAGCAGAAAGCUUCCGGAUUGUACUUUACAAUGGAUACUUGAUUUUACCAAAACUUCACUUUGUACACAUGUGUAUUAUAGGGUAUACAAUCACAAAUUAUUCCUAUGAUAAUGUUUUAAAAUUCA